UUCUUAAGUUUCAGUAUUUGGUGGAUCAUCAUCUAGCUCUGGAAUAAAUGCUCACCUGUGUUCAAGUGCAUAUAUCUACAUGUUUGAAGUGAUUGAGUUUUCAUCAGUUUGAAUAAUAAGUUGACGGAGAAAAUGUUUCUAGUACUUACGCUGAAGAGAAUAAUCGGAAUGAACCCUAUCUUAGCAAUCCUCAUCGCCUUAUCUACAUUGGCAUCAGCCCAGUUCCCUCUUUUGUCUCAAAGCCCUUUGAAACUAGUAGGGUCACAAUCAAGUUCUCAAAUUCUACCCAACAUCGGUACAAGAUUUGAAUUUAACCCUUCAGGGAGAAGAAAAGAAGCUGGAAUAGCAGGUUUUGGACCCUUUCAGUCAAGGAACUUGACGCUAACAUUCAAUGACCAACUGAACACAGUCAACAAAAUAGCAGCUGGUGUGAAGAACAUCCCUCAAACUUUAGAGCAAGUGCUCGCCCAAGAUUGGGGCAACUUCAAGGGCGCCUUCAAGAAAGCUUACACUGCAGCCGAGGAGGCUCUUCGCAAGGAGAUUUUCAUAGAUAACAGACAGGCUGUGAUCGACUUCAACACCAAAUACUCUUCAGGUGAAGAAACCUUCACCAUGCAGCUCAAUCCCUUCGCUGACUUGCUGCCCCAUGAGUUCAGUCUCAAGCUCAACGGGUUCAACAGAAGCUCCCUCACCAAGAGGGUAAAAAUACCCUCCCCAAGUGCAUUUGUACCUAGUGCCAACGUCAACAUACCAGAAAAGAUGGACUGGAGGGACCAAGGGGCUGUAACAACUGUUAAAUUUCAAGGAGACUGCAUGGGAUGCUACGCUUUUGCCUCGGCUGCAGCUUUAGAAUCGCACACGUACCGUAAGACAGGCAAACUGGUAGACCUUAGCCCCCAGCAAAUACUUGACUGCUCAAAAGGCUAUGGUAACGAAGGCUGUAAAGGAGGUCUUAUGACAGAUGCUUACGAAUAUGUCAAGACCCAACCAGGUCUAGACAACUGGGACUCCUAUCCUUAUGAGGGUAAAGAUGGGGAAUGCAGAUUCAAAGAAGAAUCCGUUCAAGCAUACUGCACAGGUUACGUAGAACUUCCUGAAGGAGAUGAAAAAGCCCUUGAAUAUGCUGUAGCUACUAUAGGUCCAGUUACGGUUGCCAUAGACGCAAGUCAGAGAGGCUUCCAAUUCUACAAAGAUGGAAUAUAUCUUGAUCGUAACUGUAAGAACAAACAAGAGGAAAUGAACCACGGAGUUCUAGUUAUUGGGUAUGGAACAGAACCCGAUGGGAAAAAGUAUUGGUUGGUCAAAAAUUCUUAUGGACCACAAUGGGGAAAUGGUGGAUAUGUCAAAAUGGCUAAAGAUGCUGGUAACCAUUGCGGUAUAGCCAAUUCAGCUUCCUACCCUUUGGUUUAAAGUUUAUAUGUAUAUGACCAAAACAAAUUAAAUAACAGAGAAAGGUUUUGAAAGUAAUCUAUAUAAGAAAUGAAUUGAUUGCAAUGUUGAACUUAUCUUCUCUACCUCUGUAUUCACUAUGUUUAAGAAGCUAAUUGUGCAUAGAUACUAACGUGCCAUUUAGAGAUUCUCAAAAUAUAAAUUACCAAUAAAGUUUUUAUAAGUC